ACAGUCACAACAUAUUUGUUUUCUUACUGCGGGCAGCAAUGACAUAAUUUCCUCAGCUGCUAUUAUUUUACUUAGUUUAUUGCAUACUUAUUGUAAUUUAUCCGUGUUUAAUUAGUUUAUUAAGUAAUUACAACGUGCGCAGUGUUGUUGCAGCAAGAAGAACGAACAAAAUCAAGUAUAAACUCGAAGAAACCGAAUUAUUUGGACACAGGUGCACGCCCAUAUUGUUUAUUUAUAGUUCGUAAAAUUGCAAACCGCAUAUUUCCGGAAUGGAGGAUAUAUUUCAAUGGUGUCGCGAAGGAAACGCGUUGCAAGUACGUGUUUGGCUCGACGAUACCGAACAUGACAUGAAUCAGGGGGAUGAUCAUGGCUUUAGUCCAUUGCAUUGGUCUGCAAUGGAAGGUCACAUAAAAAUCGUGGAGAUGCUCUUAGCACGCGGGGCAAUCGUGAAUGCGACAAAUCGCGGUGAUGAUACACCGCUUCACUUGGCGGCUGCACAUGGUCACCGUGAUCUUGUGCUACUGUUAUUAAAACACAAGGCAGAUAUAAACUUUACUAAUGAACAUGGCAACUCUCCAUUGCACUAUGCCUGUUUCUGGUCAUACCAUGACGUUGCUGAAGACCUGGUACGGCAUGGAGCCAACGUUAUGAUUGCUAACAAGUACGGUGAUACUCCGCUGGAUAAAGCAAAGGGUACCCAAAGCAAACACCUCCAUGACAUCGCCGUUGACGCCGGACAGGAUAUGAAAAUUAUCAAGUUCAAAGACCAAUCUUGGUUGGGUUACAAGACGCGAUCUCGCGAUGCUACACUCAGCCGUCAUCGAGGUAUUAACAUUAACGACCUUCACAAAAAAGACAAGCUAGCUUCUACCCCGAGCGGUGAUUCUUACCGCGGUGUUUGGCAAAAGAACGAGAUUGUCCUCAAGGUACUUAACAUUCGCAACGUCACGCAGCGCAUUUCUCGUGAUUUCAACGAAGAGUAUCCUAAAUUGAGGAUAUUCUCACAUCCCAAUAUUCUACCGGUUAUUGGUGGCUGUAACUCGCCUCCGACUUUGAUCCUUGUGAAUCAAUACAUGCCAAUGGGAUCUCUCUAUAGAGUUCUGCAUGAAAGCAGCGGCGUUGUGGUCGAUUUACCGCAAGCUUUACGUUUUGCUUCGCAAAUCGCACGGGGAAUGGCGUACUUGCAUAGUUUAGAGCGUAUCAUUCCCGAAUAUUUCUUGAACAGCAGGCAUAUUAUGAUCGAUGAGGACUUGACAGCUAGAAUCAAUAUGGCUGACUGUAAAUUCAGCUUUCAGGAAAAGGGUAGGGUGUAUUAUCCGGCUUGGAUGUCACCGGAAGCGCUUUCAAAGAAGAUUACCGAUCGUAAUUGGGAAGCGUCGGAUAUGUGGAGUUUUGCUGUUCUCCUCUGGGAGCUUGCAACCAGGGAGGAACCUUUUCCGGAUCUAUCGCCAAUGGAGUGCGGAAUGAAGAUUGCAUUGGAGGGAUUGCGCGUUCAGAUGAAACCGGGAAUAUCCAGUCAUUUAUCGAAAUUGAUUAAAAUUUGCAUGAAUGAAGAUGCCGGCAAACGACCCAAGUUCGAUAUGGUUGUGCCAAUUCUCGAAAAAAUGCAGCGCUAAGAAUUUGACAAUGAUUUUCAGACUCGAAGACACACUUUGUGUUCAAGCUUUAAGACGAUUUAUUUAUUGCCUUCCAAACUUACGCAGACAAAAAAGAAUCGUUGCUAAAAUGUAUACAUGCAAGACAAGUGCCUUAAGAUUGCCUUAAAACUAAAAAAUAACGCUUUCCGUGUUAAAACGUCUACAUACUUAACAAUCUAAUUGAUGGAUAUUUAUUAUUUAUUAAUGUAGUUACAUAGUGCCAAAGUAACUAUUUCUUAUACGCAGUUAAACUCGAUUAGUUUUACAGAUGUAUCUAAUUUUAAUACGAGUGCCAUGUUUGAAAUAAUGAAACGCGAAUCAAAGAAGUAUGAAUAACAGUAUUUUAAGUAUGUAUUUUAACACUUUGAUAUUUAUUGAUGUGGUGCUGCACAAAAUCAAAACUUAUUUGUUUUUAACGAUAUGAAGUUUAUAUGAUAUUUAAUAGAAUAUAUUAAUUAAUAACUUAA